CACUUAUUGAACAUGGCGUGUGUCCUGAAAUGUUAAACCUCGGCAGGCACAGCAACAGAGAUUACAAGCCUAGAGGGGCCGUAAAGGCAAACACGAAGACAACUUUCUCUGGACAAGGUGAGGUCCGACAACACACACCGUGACAUGAGCUGUCCCAUAUGUCUCGACCCCUUCAAGGAUCCCGUGGUUCUACCAUGUGGCCACAGCUUCUGCCGGACCACGUGCACCAAGGGGCUUGUGAGGAGGGGCCGCAUUGCAUGCCCCACGUGCAGAAAGGUUCAUUUGGCUCCAGGAGGGGUGAAAGGUCUACCCAAGAACUAUGCUCUGGAGGAGGUCAUUGAGGAGAAACCCAUCUCUGACCCACUAUGUCCUGAUCACCUAGACGAGAGGGUGAACCUAUUCUGCACACAAUGCUAUGUGCCCGUGUGCGUCAAGUGUUGCCUCUGCCGACGAGUUCGAGGUCAUAGUGCUGGACAUUGGGAACAUCAAGUCAUACCUCUUGAUCAGAUGAAGGCCUACAUACAGGGGCUGCUGUCGGUGGCGGAGGGGUACCUGGCGUCACGGAGGAGGGAGGAAUGUAAUUACCUGGAGAAACUGAUGGCAGCGGAGGAGAGAAUACAGGUGAGAAGAAAAUCACUGCGUCUUCAAACCACACCGACUGACGUGUAA